AUGUAUAACGUAACUUCUCUAAUGGCAACGUCGCCAACAGCGAAUAACAAUCGUCGUCAUGUAUCUGUGUGUUCGGUAUGUGGGGAUAAAGCAAGUGGAAAACAUUAUGGAGUCAUGAGUUGUGAUGGUUGUCGAGGAUUUUUUAAGCGAAGUGUUCGGCGAAAGAUCGAAUACAAAUGUAAAGGUGAUUCAACUUGUCAAGUCGACGUCAAUCGACGAAAUCAAUGUCAAGCAUGUCGAUUCCAACGGUGUUUAGCAAUGAAAAUGAAACCUAGUGCUGUCCAAAAUGAACGAGCACCACGUCAUGGAAACAAACGACCAUUGCCUCUUCCUAUUACAGCUCCGCCUUCUUCUCGUUCUCUUCCACUUCCACGAAUGCAGUGUUGGACGCCACCAACAUCUGCAGGGUAUGUAAACGAGUCACCACAAGUGACAAUACCAUUUGGCUUUCGAAAUUUAUCAAUUAAUAAUACGUCAUCGCCUAUCUGGUCACGCAUGUUGUUUCAUCAGCAACCACAACAACUGCAUUCGUCAUUGAACUCAACACAGCAAACCAUUUCCGAUGCUUCACAUACAGAUGAAACGCAUUCGUCACUUGAUGUCUCGAACGAAGAAACAAUGUGUGAAACAGCUUCUUUUAUUUUACUUGAAUCAAUUCGAUGGCUAUAUUCUGUACCUUCAUUUAAAGAUCUAAAUGAAUCAGAUCAGUAUUGUCUGAUUGAACAAUCUUGGUCAACACUUUUUCUCUUGACAUCGGCAGAAAUGAAGAGAUUUAUUGAUCAAUAUGAAAAUGAUUCAUUCGAUGAUGAUAGUCAAUAUUUACUAUUCCAAUCCAUAGUCAAGGAUUUAGCAUCACAUUCAAUCGAUCAAACAGAAUAUACAUUAUUAAAACUGUUCAUUGUCUUCAGUUCUCCCAGCAAUAGAGAACUACAUGGUCAAUACGAAAUCGAUAAAUAUCGAAAGGAUGCAUUAGUUAUGUUAAAUGAAUACAACAGAAAUUCGAAGUACAGACGAUUGGCUGAACUUCUCUCGCUUCUGUCAAAGAUUCAGGAAAUUAUGCCGACAAUUUCUUUGGACAAACUCUUCUUCCGACAUCUGAUUCAUCGAAUUUCAAUGCAGAAUCUAUUGCACAAUAUUAUUCGUCAUAUUCAAACACUCUGCCGUUGA